CACCCUUGUUGCCCGGCACCGUUGCAAUCGAACUUUCGUGUGGCGCACUCCGCUCUUUUGUAUUUUAGAUUCGUUUCCGCGGCAUUCUGAAGCCCCGGGCCAAACCAGUGAGCACCGAAACCCCAACAGCAUGGCCGCUGCAAGUGGAGAACUGUCCAAGAAUGAGCUUAAGCGCCGCCUAAAGGCCGAGCAGAAGGCCAAGGAAAAGGCCGAAAAGGAGGCCACUCGGGCAGCUGCAGCUCCAGCCGAAGGUGCACAAAAGAAGAAGAGCAGCGCCGCCGAGGAGGAGGAGAUCUCACCGAAUGAGUACUUUAAGCUCCGCUCUGCCGCCGUACAGGAGCUGAAGCGUUCUCCCAGCACCCAUCCGUAUCCACACAAGUUCCAUGUGAGCACAUCCCUGGAGGAUUUCAUUACCAAAUAUGAGACCAAGCUGAAGGACGGCGAAACGCUAGAGGAUGUCACACUGAGCGUGGCUGGUCGUGUCCAUGCCAUUCGUGAGUCGGGAGCCAAGCUCAUCUUCUACGAUCUGCGCGGUGAGGGUGUAAAGGUCCAGGUGAUGGCCAGUGCCAAGUCAUACAAGUCCGAGGCUGAGUACGAAACGGACACGGCCAAACUGCGUCGCGGCGACAUUAUCGGCGUCAUUGGUCAUCCCGGCAAGACCAAGAAAGGUGAACUGUCAGUGAUGCCCACAGAGAUCCAACUACUCUCACCUUGCCUGCACAUGCUGCCGCAUCUGCAUUUUGGACUCAAGGACAAGGAGACACGCUACCGCCAGCGUUAUCUGGACCUCAUUCUCAACAACAAAGUCCGCGAAAACUUCCAGAUUCGUGCCAAGAUCAUCUCGUACGUGCGCCAGUUCCUGGACCGUCUGGGCUUCCUGGAGAUCGAAACGCCCAUGAUGAACAUGAUCGCGGGCGGUGCCACAGCUAAACCUUUUGUAACGCAUCACAACGAACUGAAGAUGGAUCUGUUCAUGCGCAUCGCUCCGGAGCUGUACCACAAGAUGCUAGUGGUGGGCGGCCUGGAUCGUGUCUACGAAAUCGGGCGUCAGUUCCGUAACGAAGGCAUCGACCUCACCCACAAUCCGGAGUUCACAACAUGUGAGUUCUACAUGGCCUAUGCGGACUAUGCCGACAUCAUGGACAUCACCGAACAGUUGGUCUCUGGUAUGGUUAAGGCCAUCCGUGGCUCAUACAAGAUCACCUACCAUCCCGAGGGUCCAGAGGGACCCGAACAGGAGCUGGACUUUACGCCGCCCUUCAAGCGCGUCUCGAUGAUCAAAACGCUGGAGGAGAAGCUGCAGGUUAAGUUCCCAUCGGCGGAUACCUUCAACACGGCUGCCACGAAUCAAUUCCUGUCGCAGCUCUGCGCCAAGCAUCAGGUCGAGUGCCCAGCUCCACGCACCACUGCCCGUCUGCUGGAUAAGCUCGUGGGAGAAUUCAUCGAGGAAUUCUGCGUGAAUCCCACGUUCAUUUGCGAGCACCCGCAGAUUAUGUCGCCGCUGGCCAAGUACCAUCGAAGCUCACCAGGUUUAACGGAACGUUUCGAGCUCUUUGUGGCCAAGAAGGAGAUCUGCAAUGCCUACACCGAGUUAAACGAUCCCGUGGUGCAGCGCGAGCGCUUUGAACAGCAGGCCAACGACAAGGCCGCCGGUGAUGAUGAGGCCCAGUUGGUGGACGAGAACUUCUGCACGGCCUUGGAGUACGGACUGCCGCCCACCGGUGGCUUUGGCAUGGGCAUCGACCGGUUGGCCAUGUUCCUGACCGACUCGAACAAUAUUAAGGAGGUUCUUCUGUUCCCCGCCAUGAAGCCAGAGGAGGCCAACCGCACGGCACCUAGUGAGACUCCUGCUUCCAGCCAGCAGUAGAAUGUCUCCAUCUCUGCAUCGUUCACUACUCAACCUUAAACUUAAUCCUUGUACUUUGCGCUGGCCCUUCUAACUUAUUCAUCGCUGAAUAAAGCAUUAUUUUUCCAAUAACUA